UUGCUCGUUUGAUUCCAAUCUGGUGUCUGAGAUAGAUUUUUCAGAUAUUUGUAAGGAAUAUCGAUAAAUCGUUUCUAAACCAAAUUAUAUAAAACUAGUUUCUUUAUGAUAAUUAAUGAUAUAGUACUGAGAACGCUAUAUCGCAUAUUUUGUUUAGCGCUUUUAUAUAUCUUGUCUCUUACAGAUUUACAAUUGAAAGAUACGAUCGUCCAACAUGACGAACUAGAAUCUACAAGGAAAAAUACGAAAGAUUCAGAAUAUGAUAGAUACCGAACAAUAUUGAAUACACUAACAAAUUACAAGAACAAAGCUUUAACCAACUCUCGUCCGAUUCCGCUGGCUUACACAAAAUUAGAGUCACAGUUAAAAGAAUCACAAAACCGACACAAUUACUAUCUAGAAACACCGUUAGCUGAAUUCAGAAAGCUCUAUCAUUCACAAAGAUCACCAGUAUCGGAAAAAUCUCUAGAGAAUAAAUCCAGCGGUGAAAAUGAUGUAGAUAACUUACAAAUAACCUCGGAAGAUAAAGUGCAUGACAAUACAGAACCAAGAAUUAGGUCAGCUCGAAAACCAAAAAACAAGGAGGACGAACUAGAAAUACUAAAAGACAAUUUAACUAAAAUGUAUAAUUUGAAACAAAACCAUAUCGAGAAUGAAAUCAUUCCAAUCCAAGAAACUGUGGAUGAUGAUAUGGAUAAUUUGGAUGUCAUUAAAACAACAGAAAAUAUAUUAGAAGUAGAAAGUAUAAUAUCAGAACAAACAAAAAAUAACAAAGAAGGUGAAGAAGCGGGACGAGAGUUAUUAUUAGUCUUUAUUUGCAAUAAAUAGGGUUAUAUAUACAGUGUGAUAUUUCAGUUUAAGAGCUUUGACCUAUUUAGCCAUCUUGAACAGCAUGCAAAAAAUAAUAAUAAUAAUACCUAAUAAUAAUAAUAAAAUAGAUGAAACUUAAAAUAUUUCAUAAUAACAUAAAAUUGUGUCAAAUUUAACAAUAAUGGUAUUUAAUCAAAAUAUUACAAUUGUGUCAAAACGUUAUUAAUCAUGUCAAUUUUAUCAAAUUGUACAAAAAAAAUAAAAUAAAAUAAUUAAAAAAUGUAUAAGAUGUCAAAUGGAAAUAUUAAAAUAUUAAACGUAUGUCAGAUGCAAUUAUGUAAAAUUAUUUAUAAAACUUUGUAUCGACUAUCAUGCUUACAAAUUAAUUACUGAAUAAACUAUCCUUCAUUAAGGAAUUCACCAAUCGAGUAAAAAGCUUUUUCAAUCAGCCAUCUACGCAAUAAUAUUUUAAAACGAUUAGCCGGCAAAUCUUUUAUAUCAUUGGGUAUUUUAUUAAAGACAGUUGUACACAUAAAGAGACUAUUUUUUAAAUUUUUUCUUGUUUUUGGUAUCGAUGUAUGUACUACUUUGUUCGGGUUUCUCAAACUUCUUUCAGUUACAUUACUCGAUCGCACGAAGAAUUUUUCGUUUUGCUUCACAAACAUCGCCACUUCUAAUAUAUACAGACAGGGCAGUGUUAAUAUUUUUAAAGAAAUAAAAUAAGGUUUACAUGAUAUGUCUGAUGUCAAAUUGCAUAUAGCUCUAACACAGCGUUUCUGAGCAAUCAAUAAUCUUGUUACAUCAGUACCAUUACCCCAAAUAAUUAAACCGUACCUUAAAACUGUUUCUACGUACGCAUAUAGGCUGUAAUGGCAGUAUUUAAGCUUGCAACUUUGGUUAAUUUGU